AUGCUUCCACGUCCCAAAUCCUCCAGUCCCAAAUCCUCCUCUCCCACUGACUUCUUCAGGAGCUCCCCGAGCCAGCCCUCUUCCACCUCGUCCAGGAAACCCCCCUCCACAAGACCCUGCAGCCCCUCCAGAGCCUCCUCCAGCAAGCCCAGGAGCGGCCCGGGGGAGGCCCAGAAAGCAGCCGCCAGCGGCCCCCGGAAAGGCACCCGAGCCAUCGUCAUGGACAUGGGCACCUGGAGCUGCAAGGCAGGGCUGGCCGGAGAUGCAGAGCCCAGCAGCAGGGUGGGCUCAGUAGUGGGCUACCCCUUGAAGAAGAAGCAGAAGAGCAGCGAGGUGGGCAAGGAGGCCUUCGUGGGCAAGCUGGCUCGCUCCCAGCCUGACCUGGAGCUGGUGGAGCCGGUGAGCCGCGGGAUCGUGGUGGACUGGGAGGCGGCGGAGGAGCUGUGGAGGCACGUCUUCUACAGGGAGCUGAAGGUGUCGCCCUCGGACCGCGGCGUGCUGCUCACCGACCCCCCCACCAGCCCCACCACCAACCGCGAGAAGAUAGCGGAGGUGCUGUUCGAGACCUUCGACUGCCCCGGCAUUUACGUGGCGUACCAGUCAGUGCUGGCCGUCUACUCCUACGGCCUCACCUCGGGUCUGGUGGUGGACUGCGGGGCCGGGGCCACUCGCACCGUGCCGGUCAGCGACGGCUACAACCUCCCCCACGCCAUCGAGAGGGUGGACCUGGCCGGCGAGGACCUCACCCAGCACCUGAGCCGGCUGCUGCAGGCCUCCGGGAGCUCCUGCGAGAAGGGCCGGCACGUGGUGGAGGACAUCAAGCACAAGUGCUGCUACGUGGCGGCCGACUUCCCCAGAGAGUGCAAGCUGAGCGCCGACGAGUGCGGCGUGGAUUACGAGCUGCCCGACGGCUCUGUCAUCUCGCUGGGGCAAGAGCGCUUCAGGUGCCCCGAGGCUCUCUUCAGGCCCGGCAUGCUGGGCUCCCAUCUCAAGGGCGUCCCCGCCAUGGCACUCCACUCCCUGUCCCGUGUCAAGUCAGCGGAGUCCCGCGCCGGACUCUACGGCUCCAUCCUGCUGAGCGGAGGCUCCACCAUGUUUCCGGGGUUCCAGGAGCGCUUUCACAAGGAGCUGCUGGCCCUCGGCCCCGAGCACCAGCCCCGCAUCCUGUCCGACCCCAAGAGGAAGCACGCCGUCUGGGUCGGGGGCUCCAUCCUCGCCUCGCUCGCUGCCUUCCAGUCCCUCUGGGUCAAGAAGACCGACUACCAGGAGGUGGGGCCCUACAUCAUCCACCGGCGCUGCUACUAG